UGCAUUCACACCAUCAGACGAAAUCACAAACAGCUGUACUAGAAUGGUGGACCCUAUAAAAGAAACCUACACUGAUCAGUUUUCUCUUCACUCGCAUUCUUACAGAAGAAGAACAUCCAUCCAUAUACGACAUACGACUAGAUCUUCUUGGAAAACCCAAAAUCUUGGUUUUGUUCAGUACUAAUACUAGUGGAGAAUAUGAAGCAAACCAUAACCAUUGAGGCGCAGUUUAGAUGUGCAAAAUGUCGGUCCAAGGCCAUGGAAAUAGCUGUUGCAGAAGACGGUGUAACAUCAGUGGCCUUUAAGGGGGCCAAUAGAGAUCAACUGGUGAUUACUGGAGACGGAGUUGAUGCAGCGGGGUUGGCCAAGUCAUUGAGGAAGAAGCUUGGCCAUGCAGACUUGCUGAGUGUAGAAGAAAAGUGAACCAUAAAAAGAAAACAAAAUCAUGCAUGCAUAUGAUACAAGAGAAAAACUUUCUGUCACCACCCUCACCAGUUGGAAUUCUACAUCAAUAAGCCACCACGAACGAGUGCUUGAACCAUUUUGUACGAUAACUUGCAUCAUUUUCGGGGAAAGGACUGUUUGUUCGGAAGUCAUAAUCGUAUUUUAAAUUUAGUACUAGAUUUGUGGUUUAACAUUUAAUGUAACACCAACUAGUUUGUUUGUUGGGAAGUCAUAAUAUUUUGUCAAAAAAAAAAAAAAAAAAAUCUCUCUCUCCCCUUUCAAAAAAAAAAAAAAAAAAGAAAAAAGAAAAAAAGAAAAAAAGUAAAAAAAAACCAUAGCCUACUACCUUGACUGAUUUUGUGGCUGCACGGACUAGUGCACUCGGAUCUAUCAACUCCACUUUAUUAUGCGUUUCGGAUCUGGCAUCUCCUGCCUUAUGCGAUUAGAUCUUAAGGUUGGGGCUGGUGCCAUUGGAUUUGGUGGUUAGCUGCGUUAUGCGAUUAGAUUGUAGGGUGCUUGACGUGUGGAAAGCGAAAUCCACUAGAGCGGUGAAGUUGCAGGGGGUUCUUGCCAUGAGUGUCCUUGUCCUUCACUAAGAUGAGUUGACCAGUGGAAACCAGAAUCUCAUUAGAGCGGCGAAGUUGCAAGGGGCCUUGGCAUGAGUGUCCUUCUCCUUUAUGGAGAUGAGCUGACCAGUGGUUCCUUUCUCGGAGUUGUGCAGUUGUGUUUUGCUCGCCUUGUUGGUGUCAUGGUCGUGUUGUCGUGAUGCCAGAUUUGGUCUUCCACUUUGAGCGAUGAGUUAUGUGGUAACGUAUGUCAAUGAUAACUUGAUGUGGUCUAACUCUACUGCAAUAACUUUAUGUGGCCUCACUAUUUAGCGA